CGCACGGAGCUGGUCGUCACCCCAUAUUGGCAAUGGACGCAGCGGCUCAUCGGCUCUGACACAAAAGGAAGAGGAACACAAUAGAGAGAGAGAGAGAGAGAGAAGGAGGGGGGAGGGGGGUGUGACACAAAACCAACACACAGCCAGGGCCAGGCAGCCGGUGUAGUCGAGGAAUGUGACCGUUUAUUCACAUAUUAUCUGCUUCAAAAGGAAGGAUCCCACCCUCAUAGAGCACACGGUGCCGCCGGCCCGGCCUCUGCCGCGGUUUUAAUGAAGUGAGCGGCGCGAGGACAGGAGAGAGGCGGCCUCCUAACCCCCCCUCGCCCCCCCAUCCCCGUUACCUCCCACCGCCCCCCCCCAUCCCCGUUACCUCCCACCGCCCCCCAACCCCACCUUCCCCUCCCCGGGCCCUCUGGACACAAGGCCGUGCUCCCUUAGGAGGGUGCUCUCUCGGCACCGGGAUCCGGGCCUGGCACUUUGGGGGGGGAAGUGGGUGGGGGUUUAAGGAGGCGGGGAGGAGACCAGCCCUUGUUUACCCCGGCUCUGUCUUGUGUGUGUUUGUGGGGAGAAGGGGGCGGGGAAGGCCCCUUUCUGCCUCUUGUGUUUGUCUUGUCUCAAUUCCACACACAUCCUCCCCCCCCUGUCCCUCUCCUCUCCUGCCCCUCCCGAGGUGAGCUGGUGACUCGGCUCGGUCGAGAGGGGACAUGUCCUCGCCCACCGUCACCUCGCCGGUGGAGAAAGUAGACGGAUUUUCUCGGAAGUCCGUCCGCAAGUCCAAGCAGAAGCGCUCGCACAGCUCCUUGCAGUACAAGAUCCAAGGCAAAGCCGUCGACUUGAAACCCCUGCCUCUGCUAAAGGACGUUUCCACGACUGAAAAGGCACUGCUCUUCCAGAAGAAAUUGCAUCAGUGCUGCGUUGUAUUUGACUUCAUGGAUUCAUUAUCAGAUCUUAAAAUGAAGGAGUACAAGCGCUCUACCCUUAGUGAACUGGUGGACUAUGUUGCAGUAGGUCGAGGAAUCUUGACAGAACAGACAUACCCUGAAGUAGUUAAAAUGGUUUCUUUCAAUAUAUUUAGGACCCUUCCACCUUCAGAAUCUUCAGAGUUUGAUCCAGAAGAAGAUGAACCAGUGCUUGAAGCAGCCUGGCCUCAUUUACAGCUUGUAUAUGAGUUCUUCAUUCGGUUUUUGGAGAGUCAAGAAUUCCAACCCAGUAUUGCCAAAAAAUAUGUAGAUCAGAAAUUUGUAUUGCAGCUUUUGGAAUUGUUCAACAGUGAAGACCCCCGAGAACGAGACUACCUGAAGACUGUUUUACACAGAAUUUAUGGAAAGUUUCUUGGACUUAGAGCAUUUAUCCGGAAGCAAAUUAACAAUAUUUUUCUACAAUUUGUUUAUGAAACAGAACGUUUUAAUGGUGUAGCAGAGCUUCUGGAAAUAUUAGGAAGUAUAAUAAAUGGGUUUGCAUUGCCCCUGAAGGCUGAACACAAACAAUUUCUGAUUAAGGUUCUGCUCCCUUUGCAUACUGUGAGGAGUUUAUCACUUUUCCAUGCACAGCUGGCAUAUUGUGUAGUACAGUUUCUAGAAAAAGAUCCAACGUUAACGGAACCGGUCGUCAGGGGUUUACUGAAGUUUUGGCCAAAAACCUGCAGUCAAAAAGAGGUCAUGUUCCUUGGGGAGUUGGAGGAAAUCUUGGAUGUUAUUGAACCUGUACAAUUUGUAAAAAUUCAGGACCCACUCUUCAAACAAAUUUCCAGAUGUGUUUCCAGCCCUCAUUUUCAGGUGGCUGAAAGGGCACUUUAUUACUGGAACAAUGAAUACAUUAUGAGUCUCAUAGAAGAGAACUCUGCUGUCAUCCUGCCCAUCAUGUUUCCCAGCCUGUAUAGAAUCUCUAAAGAACAUUGGAAUCCGGCAAUUGUCGCUUUAGUCUACAAUGUACUGAAGGCUUUUAUGGAAAUGAACAGCCCAUUAUUUGAUGAGCUCACAGCAACAUACAAGUCGGAUCGCCAAAAAGAAAAGAAAAAGGAAAAAGAGCGAGAAGAACUUUGGAAAAAGUUGAGGGCCCUUGAAAUAAAGAAGGGUGCGAUAACAGGGAUGUCACCUUAAUGAAGAAAAAUGGUGCUCGUAUUCCCAUGAUAUACAUUUAUGUAGUAAGAGGUGGAGCAACGGUUUUCUGUAUUGUGCUACUUACUUUACAGUAGAUUUUGCAUCUGUUUCAUUAUCAACGAAAGUUCUGUAACAGUAUUGUAUAUAACUUUUCUCUUCAUGUUGAAAUGAUAUGUCAAAAAGAAGGGCGUCAGCAUGAAAUAUGUACAGUAGAUGGAUGUUUGCGAGCUCUUCUGGAAAUGUAGUCAUUGUUCUAACUUCAAAAAAAGAAAAAAAUUCUAGCAUCCACAUGGGUGGUACAGAAACUUCAAAGAAGAUUGCUAUAUCAGGAUACCUGAAUCGAGCGUUCCAUACAUAUUGGUGGCAGAUUACGAGCAAAUAUAUUUUAGACUGAAAACUGUGCUCCAGCUUGACCCUGAGACUUUGCUGCAUUUUAAUUUAUACUUAAGGUGAAAUUAUUUCUUACAAGUUGUGGAAGUUCUGUUUUUACUUUGAUUUUAAACCUAUUGUGGUGUUAUAAUACCUCUUAUACACAGCACACUGGUUGUGUAAAGGUUAGUGUCCAUGUGCAUCACGAUGCAAUUCAUACCUUUUGUACUGGUAGAACUGUAUUAAAGUGCAUGCCUGGCAUAUGCACUAACAGUACUGUAUAUUAGAGAAAGUAUCUAUUCAAGGAUACACAAUUCUUUCAAUGGGAUACAAACCUGCAAAAGCAGGAAAUAUCCAAUAACUAACUAAGUGUAAGUUGGUUGUACAAUGUUACUUGUUUGCAGUAUAAGCUACAUAACCUUUUACUGUUUUCACAUUUACACCAUGCAAAUAAUUCAUACAGAAAACUUAAAGGUUCCUAGAGAGAAAUGAACACCCUUCUUAACUCCAUGGACAGAACAUAGUUAAGUGCAUCAGACGUUGUGAGCAUAAAGUUGGUGUAUACAAUACAGAAAGUUGGUUAACAAGGCUAACAUUAUUAGGAAUCUGUGUGAGACUAAUUUUAAUAUGUGGGGUCAUCCACACCAUGCGCACGUCAGCAUUCUAUUUGAACAGGUAGGGAAAUAAGCCAUAAUACCUUAUGGCGUAGUAUGCACUGUAUUGAUCCAAUUGGAUUGUUCACGAUCAGUGUUAUAUUGCCCCAUGUGUUACACCACUCUGUUGAUAAAACAGUUUUCAUCCCACCAGGUGUGGGAGGAUGUAUGGUAUAAAACUUCUUUUCAAAAAUACUUUUUUGUAGUUUUUAAUUUUACUGCCGCUCAGACAUGCUCACCAUUCUGCACUGUUCUCAACCAUUUUUAAAGAAAACUGUCAGACUUCUCAUAACUAUUAAAUGAUCAUUAAGUUUUACAGGUUGUCCUUGAUGAUUUUGUUCAUUGCUGCAAAGUGUUGGGAUUUCAAAUGCCGUUCCUUUUAAAUCAGAUAGCAAGCAUAAAAUAAUUUGAUUUCUUUCAGUCUAGGGAAAGGGCUACGUGGGCCAAACAAGAUACUGCCACAUCAAGAAAUGUAAUGUUGAAAAUAAUUUAUUGGUUCAAGUUCAGAUACAAAAUAUUUGCACUUGAUUGGAAUUGGUUACUAGACAAUGCUUGCUGUAUGUCACACCUGCAUCAUUGAAGGUGUUAAAUAACUCAAAAAUAGAUGUGUGUAUUCUCCAUGGCAAUAUUGAUUUUUUUUUUUGGGAGGUGAUAAAUUGAAGAAAGAUAUUUCAGAUAUGAGCAGAGCUUGAAAGAAAUGUAUUACAACUUUUAUAAAAGUUCAUAAGUAAAACAAGUUAAGAGCUGUCUUAAAGACUUCACUUUAGUUUUCAGAAAUACUAAGUGGUGACCUGAGUGAUGCAUUCUAGUCAGGAACCUCCUUUGCUUAAUCAACCAAAGUGUUGCUGACUGACCACAUUGGUAGUGUAAAUGAUGGGUUUUAUACCAAUGCAAAGCAGUUGCUGUGUUUCAUGACAGAUUACUGUGAACACAUUUAGUUCAUUUUUGACCACACUGUAAAUAGGCUGUAAUCAGAAGCUCAUGUAUUGACUGAGAAGUUUUAAAAUAUAAAUCUUAAAUAAAUAAUGGAUUUCUUGUGUUACCUUCUUUAUCAUGCAUGGAAAGACAAUGCUAUUUAGUAUUCUUUGUAUGGAAAGUGCACUUGAAAUUUUUCAUGUCUUUUUAUCUGUCAGCAGUAUUACUAAAAUGCUGACUGUAAGUUAUGUGUAUUGCAUAAUUGUACAGCAAUGAAUCAAAUACAUUCUGUAAAUUAUG